AUGCCACCACGCGUGUGGCUUAUCACCGGCUGCUCCUCCGGCUUUGGCCGGCAGAUAGCGAUUGCCGCUGCAAAGAUCGGGGACACCGUGGUCGCGACGUCGCGAGACCCCUCGAAGCUGGAGGAUCUAAAGGGAGUCGGCAACAUUCUCCCGCAGCGGCUCGAUAUCUGCGCCAGCGAUGGAGAGGUCCAGGGCCAUGUAGCCGAUAUCCUUGCCACUGUAGGCCGGAUUGAUGUGGUGGUGAACAACGCGGGUUAUAUCUUGGAGGGAGCGAUCGAAGAGUCCAGUGGCGCAGAUGUCGAAGCCCAGUUCGGCGCAAACGUCUUUGGCCAACUGCGACUUCUCCGCGCCGUGCUCCCCACGAUGCGUGCACAGAGAUCGGGCACUGUCGCCAAUAUGGGCUCGAUCGGAGGCUGGAGGGGAACCCCUGGCGCCGGCCUCUACUGCGCCACCAAAGCAGCCAUUGCCAUCUACACCGAGGCCUUGCGGGCCGAGCUGGCCCCGUUUGGGAUUCAGACGACUUGCAUCGAGCCGGGAUACUUCCGCACCAACUUCCUACAGAGCGAUGGUGGCCACAAGGUCACCGCCCAAAAUCAUAUCCCUGACCUUGAUGUGGUGACGCAGGCAACCAAGUCGCGGCUGGCCGCCUACAGCCACCAUCAACCGGGAGAUCCGGCCAAGGGGGCACAGCUCAUUGUCGAGGCGCUGACGCGCACGGGACGAUGUCAGGGACUGGAAUUACCGCCCCGACUGGCUCUGGGUCGCGAUGCCGUGCAGGUAAUCGGAGCAGCUCUAGACCAGAAUCGCGCGGCCCUCGACGCGUGGAAAGACUUGGUGAGCACCACCGACUGUGAUGAUGUCGACACCUAA